UUACUCUAAUCACGGUUUACGGUUUUUUUCGGGUUUUAUAAAAACAAAAGCUUUUUUUCAGUAGCGCGCAAUCUAAACAUUCGUAAUUAUCAAAAAUAUUCUGCAAAAUUAUGAAAGCUAUGGUUGUUUUCUUUGUUAUCUUGGUAGUAAUUGCUGUUGUGGAAAGCUCCCCUUACCCUCAGGAAAUUCCUGCUGUUCCUGGUUCGGAUAGCAUUCCCGGAGCUGAUAAAAUUCCCAAGGCAGAUGAACUAACCAAAGUGCCAGACGCGGAUACACUACCAGGAAAAGAUACCAUGGAUAAGAUUCCAGGAAAAGAUAAAAUUCCGAGUGCAGAUGAUAUGCCAGGAAAAGACAUGGCUGACAAAGCAAGAGCAUCAGCUGAAGCAACUGCUGCAGUUGCAAUUGCUUUAAUCCCAAAAGUCUGAUUAACAGUUUCCCUCUUUUCUCUAAAAAAGAAAAUAAAAAUGAAGUGUUAUUAUAUCAAUGUAUGUGUGGUUUGUGGCUAAAUAAAAUAUCAAUGUUACGCUAUAAA